CGCUUUGGAAAUCCCUUUUCUUUUCACUGCCUCCAUUCAAGCUCCGGCGACAGUUGCCCCUUGAUACAUGAGACAUCUUUUUGGCAAAGAGCACAAGUCGCUUAAGCUUCAGAAAAGGCUUCAAAAGGAGGAAGAGAUUCUAUGGAAGCAAGAGCAGGCACUUCGAAAGGAACAAGAAGAUAGAGAUGCUGAAUUGGCCCGACAAUUGCAAGCAGAAUUGGACUCGGACGGUUCGACGCCGCAGUUGCCUUUGGCACCUACGCCCUUUGACCCGGUGCCACCGUCCUCUUCGCCUGUCAAUAACCCAGAGAGUCCUCCACCAUUGCCAGUAAAACCGGCUGCAUAUAAUUCAGUGCACGGCUCCACAAGUGCAUGGUCUUCACCAGUUGGCGCGAUAUCUCAUCAACAGUCUUCAUCGUCAUUACCGUCAUUUGCAAACUCUGGCACCAGUGAAAACAGCCAAGCGAAUUACAGGCCCUCGACGUUGAAUAGCGAUGUGCCUUCCUUACCGCCGCGUCCAUUGCCAUCGUAUUCUUCGACGAGCAAUCUAUCGAAUCAAUCGACUCACAAUUACAGUCAGCCAUCACCUUCUCUGCCACCCGUAAUGUCACCGUCGCCAAUAUAUGCGCACCAUUCACACCAUUCUUUGCCAAAGACUUCUUAUCCUAUGGCCUCGGCGCCUGUUACAUCGUCUUCCUCAGCAUCUUCGUUAUCAACAACACCACACCCUCAAGCACUACCGUCUCGUCCCAUGUCCCGAGACAAUUUUGUUCCUGUAAUACCGGUGGCACCUACUACUCCUGCGCCGUAUACUCAACCAUCGGUACCAUCCUAUUUUCCGAUGCCAGAACCCCAGAUCGUGCAUAAACGACACCAAUCCUCAUCUUCCGCAUUUAUACCCUCCGUAACGCAGCCACCCGUGGUGCCUAGUAGCAAAACUGCAAAUACCAUGCCACAUCGACACAAGUCCCAUCACUCUGUCCCUACAGCCGCCGCCAUCGCCGCCGAAUCUCCAGUUUUUACGGGUCCAAUGCAGAAACCCGACGAGGUUUUUCCCACUCCCUCCAAUCAUACCACCAUUUAUACCAAAUCUUUGACUGAUCUCGAUACGGAGGAGUCAAAAGAAAAUAGGUUUUGGGAAACAUCUCCUCAGGUGAUAACGCUAUCCAAGAGUCCAAAACUGAGCCUAUCGGAACAAUCACGAUUGUAUGAGCCUAUCACGGAAGAUGACAAUGGUGAUCCAUUCGCGGAUAGCUUUGAAAUCGAGGAAGAGAAGCAAGAUAAGACGGCAGUUGAAAUUCACAACCAUUCUGAUAUCAGUACAAGUUCCCAGGCAUCCUUGAAAGACAUGCAAGCCCGUCUACAAGCGCUACUAAAAAGUGAUAAUGCAAGUACGGACAAUGUUUCUACCAAUGACGAGAAGACUUUGGAAGAAGGAAGCGACCGACAGCAUCGUCCAAACGGCUUGAUUAUCGGCCAUCAGCGCUCACGUUCUGCGGUAUCUCUAUCGCAAACGCCUCAGCCCUCAUCGCAGUCGAUACCCCCAGCUUACGCAGCAUCCGAGUGCGAUUCUGUCGAUGCUAUACCGCAAGUAUUUCCAACAAAUAUACUUCGUGCGGGUGCACCUACACCGGUCGUCACCGAGGCAUCUACCACUGUUGAGCCGCAUGCGCCAGUGACUUUUUCAGAAGUGUCCUCCAAGGACUAUGGUUAUUACAAGAUUGCACCUAGCUCGACCAGCACCGUACCCGCCAAUCUCAACAAGUCGUUGCCGCAGGUUCCUACAACGGAUCCAAAUGAUCGCCAUAUCACUGUGCCUAGCAUUGAUCCUGAACAUCGUGUAUGGAUUCGAGUGCAUCCCACCGACACUGGAAAAUCGCUUGCUCAGCGUAUUCACAUUGUGGCGACUUUCAAGACCCGGAAAAUCACCAAGAUCAAAACAGCUACUGGUCGUGAAGUGCCUAUUAACGAUACACCGGUAUUUAGCGAUUGGAAUGAAAUUACGCAGUUGCAAGAUGGUGCACCAUGGCAGGUCGAAUGGGGCCCUAUUGAAAAUCAGCUGUUAGACGCAAUAGAAAACGGCAAAGAAAUGAUGCGAAACUUGAAAGCUAGUUUACGAUCACAGUAAUGCACCUACUGAUAUGUCUACAUGCAUCCAUAUAUAAUAUGUAUAAAUAUUU